GUGUUAAUCCUCACUUGGCUUUUGCAUGCAUUGUCCUUUCCAUGGAUUUUAACCCCCUUUGCGCGAAGCUGAAGCGUGGUUUAGGUAGUUUCAUGUUGUUGGGGUUGGCUUCCUGGCUCGGCAACAAGAAACUGCCUUGAUUACGUCAGUUCGUCUUCAUCAAGGGCACAAUUUCCGCUGAAUUACCCCCUAUAGUCACCCAGGUCCCGCAAAUGGCAUUGUAAAUGAACUGAGCUGCAAUACCUUGGACAGAGACGUUUUCUUUCUUUGCUGUUAUUUUGUGGUGGGCUGUAAAACCUUCUGAGGCUCUCAGAAGGAGAAUAGGUUGUAAACAACAUGGGGUAAAGUUUUAGACUGCGUUGUGUUGCAUGUGUCAGCUGCUUUAUGAUGAUCUGAAUAGAUAGAUAGAUAGCUAGAUGGAUAGCUAGAUAGGAUACAUGUCACAUAUUUGACUCAUUCAUUUAUCUGACGAAUGGAUCUGAGUCUAUAACGUGAAAUGGAUGCGUAUUUCCAUGAUCUUAUGUGAAUCAUAUUUCUUCGUUCCUGUAAAUGCUAAUGCAUGGCUGCUUUAAAUGUUUUAUUCCAAAACGCCGUGCAAUUCUAAUUUCCUGUUUAUUAGAAAGUUUUAUGCUGAGAAUAAAAUAUACAUGACACCAUGUGAUCUAAAAUAAUUCUUACUUUGAAAGUAAAUGUUAUCCACACAUAAUAACGCUUACACUCACGACAGCAAUCAUCCCAUUAGAAGUCACACUUUGCUAAUUGAGGCCUAUUUUAUUUUUUUUUCAGUGAAAUUCUGCAUACAUUAUUUCUGUGCAUAGCUUAGCCUGUCCAUGUCAUAUUUUAAUUGUCCUUAACCUUAAUUGUUUUACUGCAAAGUUUGAAGUUUGAACUUCUCGGCCCGUUAACGAGCUGAAGGUACUUGUGUAUAUAUGUAGCCUGUAUUAUAUUGCCCUAAUUUUAUCAAUUAAGACCCAAGUUUUUAAGACUUGAGUUUACAGAUAAGAAUACUUGUAUCUUCUUUAGAUUUAGCCCACGAUGUCCUCACUAUUAAAUUAAAUUGUGCCCCAAUGGCACUGAAUUAUUUGAGAAAUUGCUGGCACACAUGGGCUAAUUUAUUUAUGUCGGAAAUGAUUAGGCUGUAGCAGGCCUGCAGCGAGCCACUGACCAUCACAAGUAUAGGCCUAACUUUAUUUAAGUCUCGCCUAAUCCAGUAAUCCAUUUGAUUACUAACAUUAUUGAUGAAUAAUAAUGUUUUUAGCAAAGGUGAAAUUAACCAGAGGAGAUUAAGGAAAAUCAAAGUCUUCAGGAAAGUGAUGAGCUUAUCCAAAAGCAACGCAAUAACUUAUUUAUAGAACAGUCUGUUCUUGUGGCGCAGUCAGCAUCUGUCCUGGGAGUCCAGUGUUUAUACUGGUCACUACUUCCCCUUGUUUUCUCAGCCCCCCUCCCUUUGGCGGUAGUGCAACUGGAAGAGACAGUCUGGAAUCCAAAGUCAUUUUCAUUCAGCUCAGUGAAUGAGUGUCUCCCUUGGAAUGCAUCACUGACAAAGACUUUACAGCGCUGGAAACAGCCCCGAGAGCUGCACAGAUUCACCCUAAAACCAUAUACACACAAAGCAAUUUAUUUCACUUUGUAGUGACGCACAGGAACUGAAGGCUUUAGACAGCCACUUCUUUGGGACACCUCAAGAUGUGUUACUGCCACUGGCAUGAUCAGACAUGAACCAAAUAUGCUAACGGCUUUUCUUUCUUCUUCCUUUUUGACGUGCAUCAUCACAUUUUUCAGAUAUCGGGAAAAAAUUAGCACCUCCUACUUUAUUUGUAAAGCUUUUUUUUAAAAGAUAAAGUUAGUAGACGAUUAAAUUCGGAAGACGAGGUGCUGUCUUUCACUGGAAGAUGUUUUGUAUUAUUUUGAACAUUGUUGGCGCAUUAAAAUUCAAAAUGUGGCUUUUUUUAAAUUGUGAAUGGCAAUUAAUAAUUGGGAAUAAUUUCUAUCCGCGUUGCAUUAUUUGGAACUGACAGUCAACUAAGCUGUAUACGCAGAAAAUGCCACAUGCAAUUUUUUUUAAUUUCAAUGGAUCAUGAUCUAUCAUUCCACAGACACUACUUCGACUGUUUUAACCAAGAAAAACUGUUGUAGACUGUGUAGGACGAGAAUGCCAAAUGCACAUCACUGCGGCAGGCGUAGUCACCGUGAGAAUAUCAAUAUUGAUCAGCAAUAUAUCUCAGAACAUGUUAUGCUGACAAACGGAGGGAUUUUGUCAAGUGUUUUGAUUUUGAAAAAUAGAUUUGAAAGGCGUAUUUGGAUUCUCUGAAACUGUAAAAAUGCAGCGGGUUCCCUGGAUCGAGAACACUGUGAUACAGUAAAGGGAAAAACACGGAACAUGUUUGUGGCCUUUCAGCUAAUCACACAAUAACUCUUGGUUGUGCAGUGCUUUCUGUUCAGCACAUGUGACGUUAUAAAUAACUUGUGAUAUUCACUUCCAUAUGCAAGGAUAAUUUGAUCCAAAUGUUGCCUAUAGAUACACCACUAAUUUGGUUAAAUUGCACUGUGUGUGUGUUUGUGUGUGUGUGUGUGUGUGUGUGUGUGUGUGUGUGUGUGUGUGUGUGUGUGUGUGUGUGUGUGUGUGUGUGUGUGUGUGUGUGCGUUUGAUCGGGAGGUUUACUGUGCUUAUUUGUUGUGACUAUUUCUCGUUCUGUUCUAAUUGGCCUACAUGUAAUAUCGCCAUUAUGGAGAGAAUAGAUAGUGUGCCUUCACCCUGUCUUUAGACAGAAGCCAGCAAAUGUGACCGUACGUGUCUAAUAAAAGAAAGUCAUGUCACAACACAUAUCUUAAAUCGUUCGAUUAUUGGUUUUUCCUCCACCUAGCAACGACACAAACUGUUUGUGCUGAUGGAAGCAAAAACAAACAAAGUUCAGACUCCCUUGACAAUGAAGAUGAAUCAUCUUUACCUUAACAUGUAGCCCUGCAGGGGAUUAUUUCAGCUUGGUAAUCAGCCUGCCCUGAUUGUAAGGAUACAAAUAAAGAGUCAUAAUCUACCAUUUAUACUUUUUGCUGGUCUGAAGAUUCGGUCUUUUGUUUAACCUGCGGACAAAUUCGCGAUCUUAAUUGAAGCUGCUUUGUUUACAUUUUUACUUACUUUUAAGCGAAGCCAACGCUUUUACCAAAGUGAUCUGUAGAUCUUGGAUUAAAGGAGUAGGUCCUUAAUCUAUUGUUUUGCCAAUCAUUUCAAAUUAAUAUGAAGCGUCAGUGCGCGAAUACACCCAAACUGUGGCUCACUGUGAUGUUUUCGUCUGUUAGCGUCCACUGGAAAUAUAUGGGCUCAAGGCUGUUCAUAAAUGCCUUAUAUCUAAAACAACGCUGAAGUAGGCUAAAGCUGUGACCAUGCGAACAUUAACCUGUGGGCCUAUCUUUUGCUUCAUGCUCAAUCAAGUAUAUCAGUCUAAUGCGUAUUUGUCCCUUUUUUAUGAAUGGAAAACUUAAUCGUGUAAUUGAGAAAUGUCAGAGCCAGGCUUAUUCUGCGGCGGAAUGAUAGCAUCAGUUUCAAGCAUUGUUAUAAGUCGUUCUAAACGCAUGAAUGACUUUGCAUUUGAGAUGUAGGACAAAUCGACUAUAUCCCUUAAUUGUGCGAAGAUGAAAACAGAAAAUAGGCUCCAUAUGGGUGUCGUAUGUUGUACAGACUGUAAGGCCUUCGGAGGCAAAUGUGAUUUUUGGAUAAUGUAAUUAAAGUUGACUUGACCAGUCGAACAUAGAGCCCAUCUAAAAGCAAACCAAACCAACAGUUUGGUAUCAUCUGUCUCCUAAGCAUGUACUUUAGCUUUAUCUAUCUAAUUUCUAGUCUUUAUGUUCAUAUAUUGGUGAUACUGAAUCAUAUAGUUUACUUAUGUUCAAACCGAUAUUGACAAACCACUACUUUUUUAUGUUGCUUACAAUAGCAGACUGUGUUUCUGGGUAAAAUAUUAAAGGAGAAGUGAUAAUAUGAAAUACGGAAAGGUUUAGCGAUAAAGAGGCAUUUCUUCGGCUGUAUAAUCUUAAACGGUCUAUUUGCAACUCCAGUUGUGUUAAGGAGGAACAGAGGUAAAAGACAUAAAGAAGAAGUAGAAAUAAGAAACAACAACAAAUGAAUAUUUAAUGAUGUUUUUUAUUAGAGCACAACAAACGUGGAUAAACAAGUGGAAGAGAUACAUUGUAAAAAAAAAAUACCCCUCACUUCUCAUUAAUGGACACACACACACACACACACACACACAGCCACACACGUACACGUAUACACACCAAACACGGGCGUACACGCGCACACCCAAAACAGUAUAAAGGAUUAUCCACUGGAUUACUCUUGACAUAGAUACAGGCCAUAUAAUGCAUUUAUUUGACCAUAUGUUUUGGUAAUAAAUGGUUACUGAGCACUUUUCCUUUCUGCUUUAAUGGCAGCAGUAGAAUAAACGGACUUAGACCUUCAACCCGUAGAAAACUCACAACUCUAAAAAAAUAUCUAAUUUGAGACAGGCCUAUGGUAAAUUUAAUAAACGGCUUUAUUUCUGUAAACAUGUGGGGGAAUAGUUGACUCGCCAAAGUCUUGCGCAUUCAUCAGCACACACCAGGACACCGUUUGGCGUUAUCCGGGUUAAGGUCUGGCGUCUGGCCUUUUAAAUUUCAUGGUUGAAUCUGACCUCAGCAUCCAUGACAAACAUCGCACUUCGUAACGCGUAUACUGGUUACAUUUUGUUUUUCGUCAUGAAGUCCAAAUAUAUUAGUAUUAGGCUAUAUCCGUUAAUUUCCAAGCGUAAGAAUUAAUUUUGACCAAAGUUGAAUUUAGUCUAGGCUAAUUAGUGACGUCAUUUGAGCCUUGUAGUUCGGCGAUGGCAAAAGCAAGAUUUGUGUUCAAAUCCUGACAGUUUACUGUUUUUAUUUUCCUACAGAUGCACUGCACGCACAAUUACUACAUGUAAAUUGGGGUUUAUUUUGAAAUGUGUCUUUUAGGUCACUCUGGUUAAAAACUGGUUAAAACCGUAUUUGGCAAUUUAUGGAACAGAGUGCUCCCAGUUUGAGUUAAUUUCAGCAUUGUGAAGUGUGGUUUGUUCGGCUGAACUACUAUAAUUUCACGUUCGCACAUCAGGACUGUCAGGUCUACACAUCCUUCUAUUUAGCUCUCUCGUCUUAAAGUUUGCAAUCAUUCAGUUAGCUUUUCCCCUGGUGCAAGAACAUUUCAAACAUCAAAGCAGCAAUUCCGCACAUCAUACAUAUCACACAAAAAUAAAUAGUCUACAACACACCGCACACCAAAAACAUAGAUAAAACAUACAUGCAUACACAUAAGAUUAAAACUCAUCACAGUAACACUCGUCAGCGUCACCGUUUCUCAAAAUGUACAAAUAUACUCCUGCACCAAAGUCACCACAUCACAGAAAUACAACGUGUGCAGCUUUUAGGAUUUACUAAUGCAUCAGCCAUGUCGAAAUCUACCUCAUCCUGUCCGCACGUGUGCAUUAAACUUUCAGUAGGCUAUUUAUGUCACAAUUAGUCUAAUUUGUGUUCCCUGUGACACUGCUGACUUCUUCUUACUGCUUCUUCAUCGCAUAUUAAUGUUGUAUUAUUUGCUGCAACCUUGCAGAAGAGUUCAGGGCUGUUUCACAGCCUAAGUGACAAGCUACACUAGUAUAUUGCAAAACCGUAAACUCCUGCCAUUAGAUACAACAGUAACAUUAUCCCUGUUAUGAAAGCUUUCAUCUAGUUGGCCCUUUAACGAACCUUUUUACUUCCUCUGCUCUGCAGUCUCUUCUCUCCUGUCCUCGGCCUCUCUGUUUGAUAGGAAUUGUUUCACGUGCAUACAGCGGUGGUGGUUUUAUGUUGAGCGAGGAACUCGGAUGCAGUCUUAUUAACGACACGUUUAUGAACAAUCAAAUGGUCCUCGUUAAAAUUUAUUGAUGGGCAUAAAAAACAUGAACGUCACUAGCCGAGUAUAGCCCGCUGUAGUGGGCAGCUUGUCAAGAAUCGGAAUCCCCUCCUCUGCUAUCUCCGCAGAUCCCCAUUUAGGAAAUGUUUGGUCUGUUGCGCCAUCGUUAAAGCAGUGCAAACUUUAUUGUUGUUGUAUCCUGCAUCUCGCAUUUUGAUUCCCUCUCUCGCCUGUCUAGACUACAUGUAGCUACUGUGAAUGCGUCUCUCUCUCUGUGUUUAGGAAUAAACAGCAUUACACAGGACUUUAUCAAAUGUGCUGCUGGUUUGAUAAAAGGAUUCUGCGAUUCAAUAAUCACUUUAAAGCUGUAACACCAUCCAUUGCAAUAACAAGGGGCUACGGUAGAUUUUGCCAGACAGAGAUUGAUUACACCAUCAAAUAGUGCCUUGCUCGGUUUUAGACGUAAUGUGCGCAGGUCUGUACUGCGACUAGAGACUAGAGCCCCUAUUAGCUCAACAAAGGCAUAUUUUCUUUAUAAAUAAACAUGGUUGUUGACGUUACCUCUAAGACGUCCAAGAAAAAGAGCAAAAGCGCACAUCUUUGAUCCGAUUUAUGUGCACUGGUAUCCCAGGAUAAGUGGCGCAUUGAUCCACUGUACAAUUUUUGUGGGGGUAAAUAUAAUCACGUGUCGGUGAGGCAGCCAAUAGCAGCCAGGGAAGCGUUGAGAAAUAAUUACCUGCCUUGAUUGUUCUAUGGUUGGAUAAAAAAGUACACAUACACUCCAUAUAAUAAUCGGAUGCAUGUAAAAGAGUCGGGGAAGCUUCGACAUGUCGACCACGGGUCCCAUAAGUAAUUAUUAUGUGGACUCCUUGAUCAACCAUGAAAACGAGGAUGUCCUUACUGCGACUCGGUUUUCGGCUCCCGGUUCGCACCCAGCCGGCCCUCGUCCGACGUCCCUAGUACCGGAGUGUGCUGACUAUCCUUCCUGCAGCUUCGCACCCAAGCCACCCGUCUUCUCCACCUCCUGGGCCCCUGUACACUCCCAGUCAUCAGUGGUUUACCAUCCAUACACUCACCAACCUCACUUAGGCACAGACUCGAGGUAUAUGCGGUCAUGGCUGGAGCCGAUAUCAGGCGCCGUGCCUUUCCAUGGCUAUCCGGGGAACAGCAGGCACUAUGGGCUGAAGCCCGACGCCUUUCAGGAGCACAGAGCCGGCGAGUGUCUCGGCUCCAGCGGACGGACCUACACGGAUUAUCUGUACUGCUCAUCCACUGACAUGCGAGACAAGACGCCGCAGAAUAUCCCCUCUCCGGAGUCGGAGCUCCUGGUUUCAGGGAAACAUAAAGACGAGAAGCCGGAGCUAGAUCCGACACCUUCUGAUGAGUACACAGAAUUGCUGUCAAACCAGAAUCCACAUUUUCUAAAUGCUAAACACAUAAUCCAGUGGCAAAUUGGAUACAUGCCCGCUCCACGAGGAAGAAGCGAUGCCCUUACACAAAGUACCAGACUCUCGAACUGGAAAAGGAGUUUUUGUUCAAUAUGUACCUUACUAGAGACCGCCGAUUCGAGGUCGCUAGGGUCCUGAAUCUGACCGAGAGGCAGGUCAAAAUCUGGUUUCAGAACCGGCGAAUGAAGAUGAAGAAAAUGAACAAAGAAAAGACCGACAGCAAAGAACAAUAAUGUGGACUGCAGUCAGAAAACAACCAUAAUAACCACUAGUCACAUGGACAGCACAGAUGUACCAAAACACACGAUGAACCCCCAUCCCCUCCUCCUCUUCAUAUUUAUCACUUCGUUGGAUUUUAUAUUAACCUUAACUUCGAGACUGUUUGAUGCUGAUUAUGUUAUUUUCCAGUGCACAUGUAUGUGUUUAGCGUUAAAGGAGAAAAAAAAGAAGAAAAAAAUCUACUUCUAAGGAGAUAAUUACAUUCUGCUUUCACUUUGAAAUACCUUUAUGUUUUUUGUAAUAGAAAUUAUACAAGUGCAGUUUGGACACGUUAAAACUGUCUGAAGAAAGAGAAUACUUGAAUUCUUUUGAAUUUCACAAUCCCAUAAUUUAUGAUGUGAAUGUUUUCUUUCAUGUUUAUUUCCUUUAUACGUUGUUGUGCAGGUGUGGUAUUUUGUACAGAGACAGAACAUCUGCGAUCGGACUUGUCUGUCUUGUAUUUUUGUGAUAGUUGUUGUAUUUGUGCAUCUCUCUUUUUUUUGACUGUAGCCUACGAGUUUAACUAUAGAGUGUAGAUAUAGACCUCUGCAAAUAUAAACAUAAUCACUAAG